AUGUGGAAAGGUGGGAUGAAGGAGAGAGUUGAGGAGGUCCAUGAGAUUCUGAAAGAGUAUGAACUGAAGUACUGCUUUGUGGACCGCAACAAGGGCACAGCCUUUGUGACUUUGCUGAACGGGGACCAGGCUCAGGAUGCCAUCCGCUCCCUCCAUCACAGCACUGUCCGAGGACGCCUGAUCAACGUCACCCUGCAGCCCACCGACUCCCUGCUCUGCCUCACCAACCUGCCGCACACCUUCACCGCCCAGCAGUUGGAGGAGCUGGUGCGCUCCUACGGGAACAUCGAGCGCUCCUUCCUGGUGUACAGCGAGCUGACGGGCCACUCCAAAGGAUAUGGGUUUGUGGAAUACAUGAAGAAGGACUCUGCUUCACGGGCCCGAUCUGAGCUGCUGGGCCGACCACUGGGCGAUCGCUCACUGAUGGUGCAGUGGAUGGACGUCAACCAGCUGAGCCAGGAGGAGAACCUGCACUCCAGGUGUCUGUGUGUGGACCGACUGCCGCUGGACCUCUGCGACUCCGAGGAAAUGACCCAGCUCUUCUCUGAAACCUACAAACCUGUCUUCUGCCAGCUUGCUCAGGAUGAGGGCAGCCCUGUGCGGGGGUUCGGCGUGGUGGAGUACGAGAGCGCAGAGCAGGCAGAGGCUGUGCUGACAGAGAUGGACCGGACGCUGGUGGGAGGACAGGAGGUCCGUCUGUCGCUCUGUUCCCCUGGCACCUCAGGGAGAAGCACCCUGGCUGCACUCAUCGCCGCCCAGGGUAUGAUUCUGAGCAAUAGGAAAGGUCUUCUUCCAGAACCGAACCUGGCCCAGUUGCUGACCAGUAUGACGAACCCUGCUGCCCUGCAGAUCCUCAUGAGGCCGUACCACACUGGGAAAAGAGGAGGGAAGUACGGCCGUCACAGCAGCCUGCCGUUCCUCAGACCUCCUCUCACCACAGCUCUGCUCACCCUGGGAAAAGCACACCAGAACGCCAUGCUCGGUAAUGGACUCGUCCUUCAGAACCUCCUGCACAUGCAGCUCGCACAGCAACAGCUUCUUCACAUCAAAGACAAACGCAUCAGUAGCGUCUCCAGUCUGCUCGGGGACCCGUCCAGGCUGCUGAUGCAGAAAGCUUUGUCUCUGCGGCCUCCAGGCCUCGUGCCACUGGGGAAAGGCCUCCUGGGAGACUCGCCUACAGAGUUGAAUCAGGAGUCAGUGCCACCGACAACCCACAAUGCCACAGUGGUGGUAUCAGCUGCGGGUAUGAUGCCGUACCUCCAGGGUCGAGCUGCAGCAGUAGAACAAAUCGGAGCCCAUUCCCUCUCCACCACCCAGUCCUCGUCCUCCUGCGAAAGACAGCCUGCUCCUCCUGGGACGAUGGUGAGCUCCCAGCUGCAGGGACAGAGCUAUUCCCUGGGUGUAACUAACUCGGGCCUCGGCCCCCCGCCACCUAAACCCCCUGGAGGAGUUUACACAUCAACAGGCCAUCACAACAGUGCAGACGGUUGCCCCCUGGCGAGCAUGGUGAGCUGUGGUCAGAGUUCUCUGUUGGGCGAUCCUCCUAAAGAGGUCCGUCUGCCCUCUAAUCCUUACCUGAACCUAGCCAGUGUCAUGCCAGGGGUGGUCCUGCAAGGGUCAAUGGGGAGUAAAACCCAGGGAGGACAGCCUGGCUCUGGGGUGUACAGCACCUCUGUUGCUCCCGUGGCCUCCCAGGCCUCCAGCUCCUUCUCCCACAGCGCUGCAGCUACAACAACUGCUCCGUACAGCACCGACACCUCCACCGACUACAGCCAGUACAACCAGGCCUACACACAGGAGGCCAUGCAGCAGUGGUACCAGCAUUACCAAGCAGCAGCACAAGCUCACACCUACAACACUGCUGCUCCCCAGGACAGCACGACCACAGACUACAGCAAGGAGCACACACAGCCUCCCCCGGUGUCCACCUAUGGGGAUUACAGUUCCUACAUGCAGGCUGUCACUCAGUACUACUCCCAACCUGCAGCUGCCAACCAGGCCUACGGCAGCAAGGAGGUAGAUGUGUGCAAGCCUCUGGGAGUCUCUCUGCACGCAGUCAGUAACGGUGCGGCUCCUCCGCCAGCCGUCCUGCCAGCUGCCGCCGUGCUCCCAGCCUACAGCACCCUGCCAUUAAUGCCCGGCUUCCUCGGGGCGCCACACCCGGCGGCAGCUACUCCCAGCGCCGUCACGCACGCACACACUGCCGCCACCGACUGGAACACUUACUACUAUAACCAGACCAGGGGCCAUAAGAGAGAGUACCCUCAGCUGGCGGUGCAGGAAGUGACAUCAUCAGAGGGCGCCUACAUCGGGCAGCACUCGCAGGGCCUGGGCGGCCAGUACGCCGAUUACUUUAAGAGGAAGAGGCUCUAGUACGAACCAAACCACCUUAAAGCCUGAAGCUUAUGGGGGGAGGCACAAGCAGAUGUCACAGCUCCCUCUA